CCGGGCCGCUCCUCCGUGCACUGCGGUCCCGGGCCCGCCGUGCCGCUGCGGCCCGCGUCCGCGGAGUCGCCGCCUCAGUCACCUCCGUCCCCGCCUCGGUCCCUCCACAGGCGCGGAGCCCCGCGAGCAGCGCGCGGGCGCCGGGGCGCGCAGACAUGGGCAGCCGCUCUAGAGCGCGCCGGGUGGUCGCGGCGCUGGGCUUCGCCGGGCUGCUGUGCGCCGUGCUGGGCGUUAUCAUGAUCGUGAUGGUGCCCUCGAUCAUCAAGCAGCAGGUCCUCAAGAAUGUGCGCAUCGACCCCAGCAGCCUGUCCUUCAACAUGUGGAAGGAGAUCCCCGUCCCCUUCUACCUCUCUGUCUACUUUUUCGAUGUCAUCAACCCCAGGGACAUCCUCCAAGGCCAGAGGCCGCAGGUGCGGGAGCGCGGACCCUACGUGUACAGGGAGUUCAGACACAAGAGCAACAUCACCUUCAAUGACAACGACACGGUGUCCUUCCUCGAGUACCGCAGCUUCCAGUUCCAGCCUGACAAGUCCCGCGGCCUGGAGAGCGACAGUAUCGUCAUGCCCAACAUCCUGGUCUUGAGUGCAGCAAUGAUGAUGGAGAAUGGGCCCAUGAGCCUGAAGCUGAUCAUGACCUUGGCGUUCAGCACCCUUGGUGAACGUGCCUUCAUGAACCGCACUGUCAGCGAGAUCAUGUGGGGCUACGAGGACCCCCUCAUCCACCUCAUCAAUAAGUACUUCCCAAACAUGUUCCCCUUCAAGGGCAAGUUCGGGUUAUUUGCUGAGCUCAACAACUCUGAUUCUGGGCUCUUCACCGUGUUCACGGGCGUCAAAAACUUCAGCAGGAUCCAUCUCGUGGACAAGUGGAACGGGGUCAGCAAGGUCAACUUCUGGCAUUCCGAUCAGUGCAACAUGAUUAAUGGGACUUCCGGGCAGAUGUGGGCACCAUUUAUGACUCCUGAAUCCUCGCUGGAAUUCUACAGCCCCGAGGCCUGCCGGUCCAUGAAGCUCAUCUACAAGGAGCAGGGGGUGUUCGAAGGCAUCCCCACCUUUCGCUUCGUGGCUCCCAACACCUUAUUUGCCAACGGGUCCGUCUACCCGCCCAAUGAGGGCUUCUGCCCGUGCCGGGAGUCCGGAAUUCAGAAUGUCAGCACCUGCAGGUUCAACGCACCCUUAUUUCUCUCCCAUCCUCACUUCUACAACGCUGACCCAGUCCUGGCAGAGGCAGUGUCUGGCCUCCACCCUAACCCAGAAGAGCAUUCCUUGUUCCUGGACGUCCACCCGGUCACCGGAAUCCCCAUGAACUGCUCUGUGAAACUGCAGCUGAGCCUCUACAUUAAGUCUGUGAAAGGCAUCGGACAAACUGGGAAGAUCGAGCCGGUGAUCCUGCCACUGAUGUGGUUUGGAGAGAGCGGGGCAAUGGAGGGUGAGACCCUUCAGACGUUCUACACCCAGCUGGUGUUGAUGCCCAAGGUGCUGCAUUAUGCCCAGUACGUGCUCCUUGCCCUGGGCUGCGUCCUGCUGCUCAUCCCCAUCGUCUACCAAAUCCGGAGCCAAGGUCCCAAAGAUGCCGCUAGCCAGCCCAGCCUGGCUACUCAGCCAGACCAGCUCUCCAGCCCCUACACCCCGCUUCUUCAGGACUCUCUCAGCGGACAGCCCACUAAUCCCAAAGUCUGAGCCGCCCCCCUCCUGCUACCACAUGCCUGUCGCACACUGCACACCCCCCCAGCACGUGUCCACGCGUGUGCACAGGUGUGUGCAGACACUCAGGGAUGGAGCCGCUGCUGAGGGGACUUGGGGAGAGGUUCGUCAACAAGGACUGUUCCGGAACCUUCUCUCCAGGUGAUCCACAGGCCCGACCACAGGUGUUGUGGGCACGGGGUCCCCUCCCUUGGGUGAGCCAGCCUGGGCUCUUAAGGGCUCAGGUCACCUCUCCUCAGCGGUCCUUUCCAUCAGUCUCGAAACACUGCAGCCCCCGCCUGGUGGCUCGCCCAGGCAGGAGAGGGCCUUUACUCCGAGGGGCUGGCCACUGUCCCGAAACCUAGCCCAGGAGUGCAGACUGCUUGUGCCCCAGCCAGGUGGGCAGCGGGCCGUGGCUCAGCGCCCAGCCCGGACCCAGAGCUGUGACCACCGGACACCCAUCUGGGCCUCAAAAUGGAGAUGCCUCCGACCACAUCCUUAACCCCCUGCAGGAUCGUGAUCUCCCUGAAGUCUACACAGGCGCCGGAUUUGGGUGUCUGGGCCCCUUCCCUCCAGCCUAAACUGACAUCAUCAUGUAUACCGAGCCGGCCGCCCCGUGGCUGGGGUGGCGGGAGGCUGUGCCCCGAGCCGCCCCCCACCAGGGUCCUCAGCUGUUCGGUGCCGGGGCGGAGGUGGAGGGGCCCCGGGCCCAUCAGCCUGGGUGUCUGGUCGGGUGACCCGUCUGCCCGGGGCUCCUGCUCUCCGGGACAAACCUCUGUCUCUUUUCUACUGGAAGAGAAAUGAAUUUUAUCAUCUUUUAAAAAUAAUUCACAGUUGAAAUAAUAAACCUUUUUAAAAAGUGA